CCAUCUAAAAGGAUGUAAAUCUAAAUAACCUUGCCGGCUGUCGCCUGACGCAAUACGCAUCGAAAAUUAAUUAAGCUGUAUGGUAAUUUUUAAUUUAAGUUUUGUGGGUAGUUUUAGUCGUUGGCUUAUCGUGUGUUAUCAUCAGCCGACAGAACUUUUCGCUUUAUUGUGAAAGAGAUUAGACUAUUUUAAAUAGUGAACUACAAAUAACAAAUGCUGCUACAGCCUCACAAGAAUGAUCAGCUGAGCACAAUACAAUAUGUUCUUUAAGUGCUCCUUCAUGGUGUAAAAUAUUCACCACUUUACUUGCGGCAAAGAGACGUAGACUCAUAUCUUUUGAGACGUUGACCUCAUCUGGCGUACAACUCCGACGAAUCCCCCCCCCCCCCCAAAAAAAAAAAAAAUGUUUUGUUUUUGGUGUUUUCCCCAUCACAAAAAAAAAAAAAACCCCCAAAAAAAAAAAAGUGUUUAGUUUAUGUGAUGUUUCCCAUGACAAACGAAAAAAAAAUGAAAACAAUGUAUCUCUUUUCGUAUUUCUUGAGCAUUUUAAAGAGAACUGGAAUGGCUGGGGGGGGGGGCUCGGAUCGGGUGGGGCAAAUACUGCCAAGUUAAUUUAACCGGGUAUGUUUAGGUUGCCAUGGAAAUUCUUUUGUUCAUUCGAUUCAACAUGACGGCCAUGGAAAAAGUUUAAGGCAGUCCUGCACAGCAUACGGCCCGCCAGCACCCAGUUGGCGGCCCGCGAAGUCAUGAAAUAUUCUUUAUUAAUAUUAAGUUUUUUUAUAGCUUUCGGCCCUGUCCUGUUAUCUUUUGGCCCGCACAAGUUUUUCAUGCCGCAUUACGGCCCUCCUUACACUUUGAGUUGUGCAGGCCUUGUUCAAGGGAUAGGAGUACCGUUGGUUAUAAGUGACCAAUGAUAAAGGGCAGAAAUGAGGGGAGUGGAUUUAAAAUACUUCAUAGUUUUUCUAUAAAAUUAUAUCGUUUAACAGACGCUACUGACGACGUAUAAAUAAUAGCGUGUGACUCAUUAAUAUUAGCAAUGUGAAGUAUUAGUGCCAAAUCUUAAGAACUUGGCAGUCGUACUUUAUAAUGACAUUCCUUUACUCAGAUUUUCUCCUCUUUCCUGUCUAUCCCACAAUCCAAAGUCUCUGACCCACAAUUUGUGUUCGCUCGCCAUGACUGGCGUCAAUAAGAACUCGACCCCUUUUUGGGCAGGCUGGGCGAAGUUUAGGGAACUUAACUAUGAAGCGUAUGGGCCAGGCAACCCUUCGAUCCCUAAACCCCAACCAUGGCGCCCCAAAGGUUGCACACGAAAGGGCAUUCUGUACGAGUUUCCCAAAGUCGACGAAGAACCGCCUGCUGAAGUAGAAAAAUUAACCGAGGUAAGUUUGUGUAUAGUUCAAAUAUGUCAUGUAUGAUUCAAGUAAGUUUAUGUAUAGUUCAAAUAUUUCAUGUAUGAUUCAAGUAAGUUUAUGUAUAGUUCAAAUAGUUCAUGUAUGAUUCAAGUAAGUUUAUGUAUAGUUCAAAUAGUUCAUGUAUGAUUCAAGUAAGUUUAUGUAUAGUUCAAAUAGUUCAUGUAUGAUUCAAGUAAGUUUGUGUAUAGUUCAAAUAUGUCAUGUAUGAUUCAAGUAAGUUUGUGUAUAGUUCAAAUAUGUCAUGUAUGAUUCAAGUAAGUUUAUGUAUAGUUCAAAUAGUUCAUGUAUGAUUCAAGUAAGUUUAUGUAUAGUUCAAAUAGUUCAUGUAUGAUUCAAGUAAGUUUAUGUAUAGUUCAAAUAUGUCAUGUAUGAUUCAAGUAAGUUGAUGUAUAGUUCAAAUAUUUUAUGUAUGAUUCAAGUAAGUUUAUGUAUAGUUCAAAUAUUUCAUGUAUGUUUCAAGUAAGUUUAUGUAUAGUUCAAAUAUUUUAUGUAUGAUUCAAGUAAGUUUAUGUAUAGUUCAAAUAUUGCAUGUAUGAUUCAAGUAAGUUUAUGUAUAGUUCAAAUAUUUCAUGUAUGAUUCAAGUAAGUUUAUGUAUAGUUCAAAUAUUUCAUGUAUGAUUCAAGUAAGUUUAUGUAUAGUUCAAAUAUUUCAUGUAUGAUUCAAGUAAGUUUAUGUAUAGUUCAAAUAUUUCAUGUAUGAUUCAAGUAAGUUUAUGUAUAGUUCAAAUAUUUCAUGUAUGAUUCAAGUAGUUUAUGUAUAGUUCAAAUAUUUCAUGUAUGAUUCAAGUAAGUUUAUGUAUUGUUCAAAUAUUUCAUGUAUGAUUCAAGUAAGUUUAUGUAUAGUUCAAAUAUUGCAUGUAUGAUUCAAGUAAGUUUAUGUAUAGUUCAAAUAUUUCAUGUAUGAUUCAAGUAAGUUUAUGUAUAGUUCAAAUAUUUCAUGUAUGAUUCAAGUAAGUUUAUGUAUAGUUCAAAUAUUUCAUGUAUGAUUCAAGUAAGUUUGUGUAUAGUUCAAAUAUUUCAUGUAUGAUUCAAGUAAGUUUAUGUAUAGUUCAAAUAUUUCAUGUAUGAUUCAAGUAAGUUUAUGUAUAGCUCAAAUAUUUCAUGUAUGAUUCAAGUAAGUUUAUGUAUAGUUCAAGUAAGUUUAUGUAUAGUUCAAAUAUUUCAUGUAUGAUUCAAGUAAGUUUGUGUAUGAUUCAAGUAAGUUGGUGUAUGAUUUAAGUAAGUUUGAGUAUGAUUUAAGUAAGUUGGUGUAUAAUUGAAGUAAGUUUGAGUAUAAUUUAAGUAAGUUGGUGUAUGGUGCAAGUAAGUUUGGUGUAUGAUGCAAGUAGGUUGGUCAUGAUUCAAGUAAGUUUGUGUAUGAUUCACAUAAGUUGGUGUAUGAUACAAGUAAGUUAGUUUAUGGUAUAAGUUAGUUGGUGUAUGAUUUAAGUAAGUUUGUGAAUGAUAUAAGUAGGUUGGUGUAUGAUAAAAGUAAGUUUGUGUAUGAUUCAAGUAAGUUUGUAUAUAAUGAAAUUAAGUUGGAGUAUGAUUCAAGUACAUUGGUGUAUGAUGCCAUUAAGUUGGCGCAUGAUUCAAGUAAGUUGGUGAAUUAUUCAAAUAAUUUGGUGUAUGAUUCAAGUAAGUUGGUGUAUGAUAUAAGUAAGUUGGUGUAUGAUUUAAGUAAGUUGAUGUAUACGUAAGUUGGUGUAUGAUUUAAGUAAGUGUGUGUAUGAUAUAAGUAAGUUGGUGUAUGAUUUAAGUAAGUUUGUGUAUGAUUCAAGUAAUUUGAUGUAUUAUUCAAGUAAUUUGGUGUAUGAUUCCAGUAAGUUUCUUUAUGUUUCAAGUAAAUUUCUAUUCGAUUAAAUGUUUAAAAAGUAUGACUCGAGGUAAAUGAUUACAGCUCUUGCUCAUGGACUCACUGGGGACAGCUGGAACCAACUAGGACUGAAUGUGAGCAGCUAUAGUAGCAACUAGAAUUAAAGUCUGAACUAGGAAUAAAUAUAACCAUCUGAGACCGGCUUACCAACUGUUACUACAUAAGAGAACGCCGUAACCCUAACACUAACCCCAAACACAUAACCAAAAAAACAAGUGUAUGGCUAAUGGUAUUGCCGGGGUAGUGAACAUUUCAUUGGCUCUGAAAUUAACUGAUCAACUCAAUCUGACAAUAUUGCCGCUUUGAGUAAAACUCACGAACCCUGAGGACCACUAUGACAGUUACCUCAUCUUUUUAUAUCUUUUUUAGAGAAUUAAAAAAAAAAAUAAUAAUAAUACUUAAAGCCCUCCUUAGAUAAACGCGAAAUUUUAUUUUACUAUUGUCAGAAGUGGGCAAUAGACCGGAAUGUAUUAGACUAUUAUGUUAUAUUGUUGAUGUAUAAAUGUGACAACUACUUCCGUGUACAGCGGGUGACAACAUAAGGUGGCACUUUUUUUCCCGAUAGGGUUUUUUUUUUAAAGCGGGCAGCCUGUUUCAAUUUCUCACGGUUGAAAUUGUUUUAUGAAACUUACCCCACUACUAAAUGUUCCCUCUAAGGUUUGCUGGCUCGUGUGCAAACUCAUACAGUUGUGUGCAAAGUUUUACAGCAUCAGAUUUUUUUGUGUGCAAAAUUUUACCGCCCACAUACACAAACACACACUUGCAUGGAAAUUUGCAGCGGGGAUACUCAAAACAGCUGCGCGGCGUCUGUGAGUGAGCUGCGCGACCGCGCAGCUAAAAUGGAAUAUUGCCCGCACUACCGGUAAGAAAUGCGCUUUUUUUUUCUUUUCUCUUGCACAGCCUGAAGACUUGGAAAUCACUGUAGGCGGCAAAGAGAAGUAUAAGAUGUGCGCUAUUUGUCGUCGUCCACCCUUGGAAAUCUUGACGCUGGACUGCGGCCAUAACUUUUGUCGUCGGUAACCGUCCCUAAAGCAUUAACUGUAAAGCUGGAUUUGUCUUGAUGUCAUAUUUGAACACUGAAGAAUGAACUUAUUUUUAAUCAAUUUUCUGACGCAGCAGCAGAUAAAAUAUGUUAAAAUGUUCUUGUCUUUUUUUUUCAGUUGUGUCCAAACGACUUACCAGUUCAACAGUCUGAUUUGUGUUGUUUUCCAUGUCUAUAAUAUAUCUUGAUCACUUUGCAGAUGCAUAGCCAGCAUGCGCGGUCAACUCAUGCAAGACUUCGCGUCCUCUGUCAAAGACUACCGCGCCACACUCAAGUGCCCGCUGAGAUUUUGCCACACUCACAUCCCUUGCCUGCCCAUAAUCAACGGGGAUUUCAGAUUUCAUCUCGUGCGUCCUGAGGAUAAGGUUGAAACCCCUAUUCCUAGUAAGCCAUUUUUAUCUUGAUUUAAAAAAAAAAAAUUAAUUUACCCCCUGCUGAUCUCUCAUUUGCUUACACUGAUAGGAUCUUCUUUGUUAAUUUGUUUUCUUCAUUCCAAGAUAACAUAGGCACUUCAUUCCAAGUUAACAUAGGCCCUUUAUCCCAAGAUAACAUAGGCACUUCAUUUCAAGAUAACAAAGGUUCUUCAUUCCAAGAUAACAUAGGUACCUCAUUCCAAGAUAACAUAGGUACCUCAUUCCAAGAUAACAUAGGUACUCCAUUCCAAGGUAACAUAGGUACUUCAUUCCAAGUUAACAUAGGCCCUUUAUCCCAAGAUAACAUAGGCACUUCAUUUCAAAAUAACAAAGGUUCUUCAUUCCAAGAUAACAUAGGUACCUCAUUCAAAGAUAACAUAGGUACCUCAUUCAAAGAUAACAUAGGUACUCCAUUCCAAGAUAACAUAGGCACUUCAUUCCAAGUUAACAUAGGCCCUUUAUCCCAAGAUAACAUAGGCACUUCAUUUCAAGAUAACAAAGGUUCUUCAUUCCAAGAUAACAUAGGUACCUCAUUCCAAGAUAACAUAGGUACCUCAUUCCAAGAUAACAUAGGUACUCCAUUCCAAGGUAACAUAGGUACCUCAUUCCAAAAUUAGAAAGGUACUUCAUUCCAAAAUAACAAAAUUGUAGGUUGAUUUUAAAAUAAAAGCAUGGCCAUGGGGCGUCUUGGGGAAAUGACGAGGCUGGCGUCAUCAGCGUGAAGAGACGCGCGAUGCGAUUGACAACAAUCCAUCAGUCAUAAACAAAACAAGUCCUAUUUUCUAAGGUUCAGCACGACAUCGUCUUAACACACCCCUCCAUGUCACUUAACACACCCCUCCGUGUCAGUUAACACACCCCUCCAUGUCACUUAACACCCCUCAAUUUCACUUGACACAUCCUUCAAGUCACUUAAAACAUCCCUCAGUGUCACUUGACACAUCCUUCAAUGUCACUUAAAACAUCCCUCAGUGUCACUUGACACAUCAUUCAAUGUCACUUAAAACAUCCCUCAGUGUCACUUGACACAUCCUUCAAUGUCACUUAAAACAUCCCUCAGUGUCACUUGACACAUUUAUUUAUUUAUUUAUUUAUUUAGGCAUUUUUUAUAGCGCUCACCUUACAGCUCUAAGCGCUUUACAAUUAAUAAAAAUUUGUGAACUAUUUAAACUGCUAAAGUAAAAGAAACAGGAAAAAACCAGAGACACUAGAAUAGUAACUACAAUAAAAUUGACUAUAGAAACAGUAGCUUAAACAUUAAAUGGCUAUAAAAACGCGUACACUUUGGCACGUUUUGGCCUAUACUACAGGAUCAACCCGAGACAGAAAAUGAGGCAGGGCAAGGAGGGUGCAUUACAGGUCAUAGGCGGACCUAAACAGAUGGGUUUUAAGGGACUUUUUGAAAGUGGACGAGGUUUCACAAUGACGGAUGUGGAAGGGGAACUGGUUCCAGAACGUUGGUGCAUGGAAGUAGAAGGAGCGUUCACCGAUGAUCUUAGUUUUGGUUAUUGGGAUUGAGAGGGUUCCAUUGUCAAUUGGACAGCGUAGUUGUCUUGUGCGGUUGUAAGGAACCAAAAGUUCAGAGAGAUAGACAGGAAAGUGAGGGUCAGUGAACGAGUUGAAGCAUAGAUUGGCAGACUUGUACUUGAUUGUAGAGGAUAUUGGAAGCCAGUGGAGUUGCCGCAUGUGUGGUUGAAUGUCAUGUUUCUUUGAUUUAAAAAUGAGUCUGCAUGCUGAGCUCUGUUCCUUCUGAAGUUUUUCUAUGUGGUGUUGAGGAAUGCCUGCAAGAAGAGUGUUGCAGUAGUCAAAUUUUUAAAGAAUGAGUGAAGAGACACAUCCCUUAUUGUCACUUAAAACACCCCUCAGUGUCACUUAACACAUCCCUCAAUGUCACGUAACACACCCCUCAGUGUCACUUGACACGUCCCUCAAUGUCACGUAACACACCUCUCAGUGUCACUUAACCCACCACUCAAUGUCACUUAACCCACCCCUCAGUGUCACUUAACACAUCCCCCCAUGUCACUUGAAUUAUGCAGCAGCAAAGCAAAAAUAUUGGUUCUACCAAAAUUAAACUGAUAGUUGAGAAAGAUUUCUCUUAUCUUAAAUGGAAACAUCUCCUUCACCACUCCAGAGACGCUUCAGCUACUGAGACACGCUCACAGAGGGUCAACACACCUGCAUUCGCUAACUUUGCAGACGCUAUAGAGAAAAUUUAUUAACAACGAGCUCCAACUACGGCCUUUCUAACCCCCCCCCCCAACUUAACGUCACGUGAUGCUUAUUUAUCUCACACCAGCAUCUUAUCGUAAAUGGAAACAUCUCCUUCCCCACGCCAGAGCCGCUUCAGCUACUGAGACACGCCCACAGAGGGUCAACACACCUGCACUCGCUAACUUUGCAGACGCUAUAGAGAAAAUUUAUUAACAACGAGCUCCAACUACGGCCUUUCUAACCCCCCCCCCCAACUUAACGUCACGUGAUGCUUAUUUAUCUCACACCAGCACUCACAGUCAGUCAACUCGGCUGCACCAAACGUCUUAUUGGCAUGAAGCCGCCUCUUCAUGUUUGGCUGUUUCAACGUUGUUUGUUUGCUUUUGUUUUGGUUUGUUUUUGUUUUUGUUUUUUUGUUUUUGUUUUUAAAUUUCACUGUAUAAUCUUCAUUAUUAUAUUUUUUAUCUCUUCAACUGAAGUGCCGUGGUUUCUGUUUCCAGUUGCCGUGUGUGAGCAGCUGGCCAUGAAACACUUCAAAGUCACGGUUGAUAUCGAUUUCACGAAAAAGACCAGACCCGACCUCUUCGAGGGCUUCGAAGACGUCCCAUAAUCUUCUUUCUCGAAACAUCUGUAAGGAUUAAC